UUCCCAUUUUGCCUGCUCGGGGCUCGGUGGCGGCCGGGCUCGGGGCUGACGUGCCGCCAUGGGGUCGUCAAAGAAGCACCGCGGGGAGAAGGAGGCGGCCGGGACCACGGCGGCGGCCGGCACCGGGGGCGCCAACGAGCAGCCGCCGCGACACCGAGAGCACAAAAAACACAAGCACCGGAGCGGCGGCAGCGGCGGCAGCGGCGGCGAACGACGGAAGCGGAGCCGGGAACGGGGGGCCGAGCGCGGGGGCGGGCGGCGCGGGUCCGAGACCGAGGCCCGCAGCGGUGCGCACGGGCGGGAGCGCAGCCAGGCCGAGCCCUCCGAGCGGCGCGUGAAGCGGGAGAAGCGGGACGAUGGCUACGAGGCCGCUUCCAGUUCCAAAACCAGCUCAGGAGAUGCCUCGUCACUUAGCAUCGAGGAGACCAAUAAACUCCGGGCAAAGUUGGGGCUGAAACCCUUGGAAGUCAAUGCCGUCAAGAAGGAGGCGGGCACCAAGGAGGAGCCCGUGGCAGCCGAUGUCAUCAACCCCAUGGCCUUGCGACAACGAGAGGAGCUACGAGAAAAGCUGGCAGCUGCCAAAGAAAAGCGCCUCCUGAACCAAAAGCUGGGGAAGAUAAAGACUCUGGGGGAGGAUGACCCCUGGCUGGACGACACUGCGGCCUGGAUCGAGAGGAGCCGGCAGCUGCAGAAGGAGAAGGACUUGGCGGAGAAGAGGGCCAAGCUGCUGGAGGAGAUGGACCAGGAGUUUGGUGUCAGCACUCUGGUGGAGGAGGAGUUCGGGCAGAGGCGGCAGGACCUGUACAGUGCCCGGGACCUGCAGGGCCUCACUGUGGAGCAUGCCAUUGACUCCUUCCAAGAAGGGCAGACUAUGAUCCUUACCCUUAAGGACAAAGGCGUGCUGCAGGAGGAGGAAGACGUGCUGGUGAACGUGAACCUGGUGGAUAAGGAGCGGGCAGAGAAAAACGUGGAGCUGCGGAAGAAAAAGCCCGACUACCUGCCCUAUGCAGAGGAUGAGAGUGUGGAUGACCUGGCACAGCAAAAACCCCGCUCUAUCCUGGCCAAGUACGACGAGGAGCUGGAGGGCGAGCGGCCGCACUCCUUCCGUUUGGAGCAGGGCGGCAUUGCCGAUGGCCUUCGGGAACGUGAGCUGGAAGAGAUCCGCACCAAGCUGCGGCUGCAAGCUCAGUCCCUGAGCAUGGUCGGGCCGCGGCUCGCCUCCGAGUACCUCACGCCAGAGGAGAUGGUGACCUUUAAAAAGACCAAGCGGAAGGUGAAGAAGAUCCGAAAGAAGGAGAAGGAGGUGGUAGUGCGGGCUGACGACUUGCUGCCUCUUGGGGACCAGACUCAAGAUGGAGACUUUGGUUCCAGGUGGGCAUGGACACAGGUGGGGUCUGAGAAGGAGCCGUGUCUCAACCCCCCACCGUCAGAUGACACUCGAGUGGAAAACAUGGAUAUCAGUGAUGAGGAGGAGGGCGGGCCACCACCUGGGUCCCCAGAGCUGCUGGAGGAGGAUGAGGCUGAACUGGAGCUGCAGAAGCAGCUGGAGAAGGGCCGCCGGUUACGGCAGCUGCAGCAGCUGCACCAGCUGCGGGACAGCGGCGAGAAGGUGGUGGAGAUUGUGAAGAAGCUGGAGUCCCGCCAGCGGGGCUUGGAGGAGGAUGAGGAUCCGGAGCGGAAGGGGACCAUCGUGUUCAACGCCACGUCGGAGUUCUGCCGCACCUUGGGGGAGAUCCCCACCUACGGGCUGGCCGGCAACCGGGAGGAGCAGGAGGAGCUCAUGGACUUCGAACGGGACGAGGAGCGCUCGGCCAACGGCGGCUCCGAGUCUGACGGGGAGGAGAACAUUGGCUGGAGCACAGUCAACCUGGAUGAGGAGAAGCAGCAUCAGGAUUUCUCUGCCUCCUCCACCACCAUCCUGGACGAGGAGCCCAUCGUGAAUAGAGGGCUGGCAGCCGCGCUGCUCCUGUGUCAGAACAAAGGACUGCUGGAGACGACAGUGCAGAAGGUGGCCCGGGUGAAGGCGCCCAACAAGUCCCUGCCGUCAGCGGUGUACUGCAUUGAGGACAAGAUGGCCAUCGAUGACAAGUAUAGCCGGCGGGAGGAGUACCGGGGCUUCACCCAGGACUUCAAGGAGAAGGACGGCUAUAAGCCUGAUGUUAAGAUCGAGUAUGUGGAUGAGACGGGCCGAAAACUCACACCCAAGGAGGCUUUCCGACAGCUGUCCCACCGCUUCCACGGGAAAGGCUCGGGCAAGAUGAAGACAGAGCGGAGGAUGAAGAAGCUGGACGAGGAGGCGCUCCUGAAGAAGAUGAGCUCCAGCGACACACCCCUGGGCACUGUGGCUUUGCUCCAGGAAAAGCAAAAGGCCCAGAAGACACCGUACAUCGUGCUCAGCGGCAGCGGCAAGAGCAUGAACGCGAACACCAUCACCAAGUGAAGCCGUCCUCCCCUCCGGUCCCCUCCCAACUUUAAUAUUAAAUAAAGUUCCCUCCUUAUUUUUUCCUCCCUCGUCAUGGUGCAGAUUCCAGGGUUAGACCUCAGAGGAGAGGCAGGCGGUGCUGGCAGGCUCAGUGGUCAGCUAUGUGGCCUCAGGCAAGUCACUGAACCUCUCUGAGCCUUCGUUCUGCCAUUUGUACAGGAUGUCCUGUGAAAAUUAAAUGCGCUCAUUCAUUCAUUCACCUGGAAAUCAGAAAUGAGCAAGACCCCUCUGAGUUGGCUUAGAGUCUGGCCUCUACUGGGUGAGACCUGGUCUCUGAUGACACAAAUAACUAAACACGAUGGACAGAGAAAACUAGCCUGGACCUCUGAGACGGUCCUCCACUCCUGCCCGAGGCACCAGCCACCCGGGAAGCCAGUCGUUUAUCUUCUCAACCCCUCCCCCCACUGCCCCUGCUGAGGUAGCACAGCUCCCGACGCAUUGUCGGUCAGGCCUUAUCCUCUGCGAGGCUGGCUUUCCGGUAAGAAAUGGAAGAUGUUUAGAGACUCGGGCUCCUGGUCUGCCCUGGCUUCCAGUGCUACACGAGUCACUGCCCUCCAGGGCCCAGGACUGCCCAGCCUGGCAGGGCAGGGACUGGGCUGUGUGCAGGGUGGAGGGGCCACCCCAUGGUCCUUGACCCCCUUGGCCUGUGGAGAAGAGUGAGUGCUCAGGGCAGCGUUCCUUAGAGCGCCUCCCAGACUUGCCCGGGAGCAGCUGCAGCAGGGAAGACGGCCCUGGAGUGAACUCUGAGGGAGGCUGGAGCACGCUCUGUGGACACCCCAGAGCCCUGGAAGGGGAGGAUGACAAGUGGCUCCCAUGGGAGUUGCACAGAAGCUGCGUCCUGCCUCCACCGAUACCCAAAUACAUUCCAGAUGCUUCAGAUUUUUUUUAAUGAAAAAAUACAUAGGAGCAAAAUGAAUUUUUAUAAGUAAUUGAAGUGGGAAAAUGUAAGCAAAGAACGAAAUACAGUUGCCUUAACCAA